AUGACAGUUCGUACCGUGAAGGUUGCCUGCACCCAGGCUGAACCUGCUUGGGUUGACCUCCCCGCUGCCGUUGAGAAGACGUGCAAGCUCAUCACCGAAGCCGCCUCCAAUGGCGCUCAACUCAUCGCAUUCCCUGAAUGCUGGAUCCCCGGCUACCCAUGCUGGAUCUGGGCCCGUCUCAUCGACUUCGACCUCAAUGUCCGCUAUAUCAAGAACUCGCUCUCCGUCAACUCCCCAGAGAUGGCCACCAUCCAGACCUGCGCCAAAGACAACAACAUCGCCGUCUCCCUCGGCUUCUCCGAAAACGACAACAACUCCCUUUUCAUCGCCCAGGCUUUGAUCGGCCAGGACGGCGAGAUCAAGGUCCACCGCCGCAAGAUGAAGCCGACGCACAUGGAGCGGACCAUCUUUGGUGAUGCGUCGGGCCACUGCCUCAAGAGCGUCGGCGACCUUGGUUUCGCUCGCGUCGGCUCUCUCGCGUGCUGGGAACAUAUCCAGCCCCUCUUGAAGUUCAACACCAUUGCCCAGAAGGAGGAGAUUCACGUCGCCGCAUGGCCGAGCGUUACCCCACACGGAGGCGGUCCCGACAUGUGGUCCAUGAGCGCUGAAGUAGGAUGCCAAACGCUCUCCCGCACAUAUGCCAUCGAGUCAAAUGCCUUUGUGCUUCAUAGCACUGCUCUCAUUACCGAGAAGGGCGUCGAGGCACAUCAGAGUUCUGGCGGCGCCAUCAUGUCAUCUCCCGGUGGCGGAACUUCUGCCAUCUUCGGCCCCGACGGUCGACGUCUCACAGAGCCUGUCGACGACACUACCGAGACGAUCCUCUACGCCGACUUGGAUAUGGACAUGAUCCACAGAACCAAGAUGUUUGCAGACUGCACAGGGCACUACAGCCGGCCUGAUCUUCUGAGACUUUCUACGGAUAAGGAGAUUAAGCUGGUGGUUAGGUUGCAGGGAGACCUCGACAAGGAGCCAAAGCAGGAAGAGCCGGUCUUGGUCCUAUAA